AUGCUCCGUCCUCUCGAGGACGCCUCCACGUCCGUGGCGGGGCUCCCGUUCUUGCCAGUGUAUGCGUGGGUGGGGCUGUGGACGUCGGCGUUCUUGGCAACGCUCGCCUUCGUGGAGGCUUCGAACCUGAUCGAGUUCGCGACGCAGUUCACCGACGACGUGUUCAACGCUCUUCUCUCGCUCAACUUCAUCUACGAGGCUGCGCGGUCUCUGAUGCGGAACUUCAACCCCGCUGCGGCCGGAUACACCCAGGCCGGCGCGCUGAUGAGCCUGAAUGUUGCGGUGGCGACGUACGUGGGAUGCCGCAAGACGUCGGGCGCCCUGAGCUCGACAUUUUUCAACGGCGGGAUUCGCGAGUUCAUGUCAGACUUCGGACCUUUGGUGGUGAUCGUGGGCAUGUCGUGCUUCUGCGCCCUCCCGUCAUGGAAGGGUCUGCUGAGCUUCCUCGAGGUGCCGAACGCCUUCAUGCUGUGUAAGGGCCGUUCUUGGAUAGUGCCCAUGUUCUCCGUCCCGCCGGUGGUGAGGCUGGCCUGCGCUCUCCCAGCCAUGUUGCUCACGUCUCUCUUUUUCUUGGACCAGAACAUCUCGGCUAGGGUGGUGAACUCCCCGCGGCACAAGAUGACAAAGGGCGCCGCCUACCACCAGGACAUGCUGGUGCUCGGGAUAAUCACCGGCCUCCUGUCGGUGGUUGGGCUGCCGUGGCAGUGCGCCGCUACCGUGCAGAGCCUUAACCAUGUCCGGCAAAUGGCUACCUUCGAGCCGGCGAUGUCGGCGGCAGGGGGUCGCUCUGAGACCAUCGAAUCCAUUCACGAGACGAGGCUGACAGGGUUCUGCGUCCACGCCCUCGUGCUGGGCAGCCUGGCGCUGCUGCCGCAGCUUGGGAAGAUCCCGAUGGCGGUGGUUUCUGGGAUUUUCUUGGACCUCGGCCGGAAGGUGAUGAGCGGGACCGCUUUCUUGGUGAGGUGCAAAGAAGUCUUCGUUGACCGGAAGCUGCUGCGGAGCGAGAGCGACAUCAAGAAGGUCGGCUUCGGCACCGCAGCCAAAUACACCGCCGUCCAGGCGGGUAUGCUUACCCUCCUGUGGACGCUCAAGUCAUUCGAGCGGACGGCGCUGUUCUUCCCGUCUGUGAUCGGACUCCUCAUCGUCGUCCGCCUCGUGGCGUUGCCUAAGAUGUUCACCCCGAAGGACUUGUCGGAGCUGGAUGCCGCAGUGGGAUGAUCAAGCACAGCGCUCGGCGUCGCGGCAGGGAUAUGAAAAGCUUGGGGCGCCUCCGUUCUCUUUUCGGUUGUUUGCUCUCUUCGAAAUUUCCUGCGUGCCGUAAGAUUUCAGCACCUGUCGGAGAGGAUGCAAGGCCAUUCGUGCAUGUUUCAGGGGUGCCGACGAGGCGUGUUUUGCUUACUAGGAUGUUGGGAUGUAGUCGUGGUUAUGCACGACUGUUGUCUGGAGGUAGCAUCCUCCCACUCUGGCAUCUCUCGGAGGCCUAGACGUAGCCCAUUGGGGGGUUCGGUGGAAGUCGGGGGUGGGGCUUUCCGCAUUGAGGUGGCCUGAUCUGAUAGGGAUGUGGGGGAGGCAGUUGCUGUUGCGCCUGUAUUCGCCGGUGGAAGUCGUUGAGCGAAAUGGCUCAGCAACAGCGUGUUGACAAUAUUUUUUACGCUUUGUAUGGAAGAUCGACGACAAUUUCGCUGGAUGUCGAGUAAUACUGCGGAGACUGCAUCUGGACUUCUGCUGACGGUAUUGUAGCGGCAUGGCCGUCAGCAACAGCAACAGUUCCAUCAUGACCGUGCUUCCAGCCGGGCGUACAGCGUGGGCAGGUCGCCAUUUUCUUGGUGCCGCCCGUAUUUGCUUUGAACUUGCCCGUCUGAUGGCGGUGGUUGUAGCUCCCCCCUGCCCGCGAAACAAGCGUAGACAAACGGGGGGAGGAGGGGGGCUCGUUCCUCUUCCGACGUGUCUGCAGCAGCUGGUUCGGUGUUGAGUUCGUCUGCCGAAAUAGCUUUGCCGUUUUUUUUUAUCCUUGGUCUUUGUGGUGUCCGGCGUUGUUGUUAAGCGAACGGGGGGCGCUGUAACACGUACGGGAAUCGCAGUGUAGAUGUUGGUGUUGUACGGCAAGAUAGAGCAGCGAACGGGUGAGUGAGCUGUUACCACUUUUAGAUAUUACUUGCAGCAGGGGGGGAGGGCGUGUGCGUAGGCAUUUGAAUCGAAACGCCGACGUGCAGAUCACGAACGAAUGCCUCCCACCCCUCUAGCUUGGUAAACGUGCAGCCACCGGUGUUUGUCAAUGAUGGUAUUGCCGCAACAUCUCAAGGGUUGUGGUGGUGUUGAGCUGUUUCGUCUGCUGUACUGAGACGGGCCGCCCAGUCGGACAGCGUUGUUUCCUGCGAAAGGUGUUUCCGUCUUGCGGUGAAAAGUGGUACCUUGCACCCACGCGCAUCCCCCACUUCUCCGAGAUAUUUUGAGCGAAUUACAUCGUCUCGAGUGCGGUUGGUUGCUGUAGUUUUUAGUUUUAAUUUUUUUCAAAAUUGCUUGCUGUGAGUAUAGCUAGUCUACGCGGGUACUUUAACGCAUGUCCUUUCAUGUUGAAAACGAACGGCGUGUCGCUGUGUUUCCUCCGAGAAAGUGCAAUGCGCUUUGCGCAGCCGCGCGCAAUACGCCCACAUUCAAGAACGUUGAUAUGUGCUAAUGAAUGCGGGUGACUAAUUGUAGUUCAUGCGUGAAUUUUAUCGUUACCGUUGUUGUUCGCUCAUGUAUAUCCUUGCAAUUCAGAUAUGCAACUUUUUUCUUUAUUUCUCCUUUCUUCCCGGCGUUGGUGUCUCACUCGCUUGCUUUGGCGGCCAUCCCUCCCGUGGGCCUGUUCACCGCGUUUCUUUCACACGAAAGGGUGUGCCUUCCGACCUUGCGUUUUUGAUAACCUUUGAAGGAGGGGUGCGAAGUGGAGAAAGAGUGCCGUUUAGGAGGGCGGGUAAUCUUUUGUGACCAUACUUUUCUAUUGAAGGAUGCAGAUUUCUUCUUUUAUGUGGUUUCCUGACUAUCAUCGUAGUAGGUGACAUGCUACGAGCUGAAACAGCCAUGCGUUUUGCUCAACGUGAGACGUUAAAGAGAAGUUCAUAACGGAGGAGGGUCGACUAUCG